AUGGGCUGCAGCCAAUCACAGGGUGAACUAAUAAAUCAAGCCUUAAGUGAGCGAGAUAAAUUUAAAAGACAAGAGGCUGAAGCAGUCGCUCAAGCCUCAAAAUAUGAGAAAGACUAUUUAAGUCUGAAGCAACAGCUGGAUUUUGAAAAAUCGGAGUCAAUAAAAAUCCUGACGAAAAAUGAGGAAUCUGAGAAAAAAAUAGCCGCGAUUGAAAACAAAAAUUUUGAACUUGAAAAGCAAUUGCUAAAACUGAAAACUGAGCUUAAUGAGUUCCAAUCACAAAAUCAAAAAUUCUUAUUCCCCAAUUGGAACAAAAAAUCCUGUUUGAAUUUAAAGGGGAUUAAUUUUUUAAAAAACAAUUUAUCUUAAAUUUUUAUUUGAAAAAAGUUUAUAAAAAUUUUAAAAUUAAAAAUUGAGCUCAAUUUCAUCUAUUUUUAUAAAGAAAUUAAUCGAUAAAGUGAGAAAAAUGUUUAUAUCAUCAUAUUCAGCUUGCACAUUUGCAAUUAAAUUAUUUUGAAAACUAAUAUUAUAAAAUUCGCAUUGCUACCUAUAAAUUUUCCUGUUGAAAUUUUACCUAUCUUUUGUUCCAAAAUAAAAUUGGAGAGUUAAGUGAACUUGAAGCUUUUAGAAAAUUUAAAUUAAGAACAGCUACAAAAACAGUGAUAAGAUACUAUAAAUAUUGAAGACAAUUGAACUUUAAUUGAGCAAUUGAACAAUGAAGAGAUAUCCCUUCUAAUAUUAUAGCAGAAGAUUUCAAUAGUGACGAUUUAAACAUUACUGAAGACAGCACCAUAAGUACCUUAAGUCAAGAAGACUAUAAAGAAGCUGCCUUAGACUUUAUUCAAAAAGAUUAUCAAAAUAAAUUAGCUUCUAGCACCCUGAUGAAGGAAUAUAACCUGCAUAAAGUCCCAAUUCAAAAACAAAUGUCGAUUAGCAGUCUUUACAGAUCCUGUGAAACAAUGAUGGAUAAAAAAUACGAAAACGACGCAAAUGAUUUAGCUGGGAGAAGAAAACCGGUUGAUAUUGGCUCCUAUAUGGUUGAUUAUUUAAUCAGACAUUUUGGAAUUAAAAAACUAGCGUAUAAAACGUUAAGUGAGCUUAUACCAACACUGCAGCAUUAUUGCAAGCAGCAUAACCAUUAUUCAAUAUUAAUGUGCCGGCUUCUACAUAUUUUCCAUAGUGAGCCAAUUUCGUUAUCAUUAUCCCCCCAUUAUAUUUUUUUUCGAAAUAAAAUAACCCAAAUCGCAAAAAUUGGAAGCAUAAAUUAAUUUAAUUUGCAAGAUUUAUACUUUAAAAUGCAAGUUGUUUAAAAGUCAACCUAAUUAGCUGCAGAUUUCAUAAUAGUAAUAAUCGUAUAUAUACUUCUUUUCUUGGAGUGGCGCUGCAAGCGCAGGCCACUCCAUGCGGAAUUCCUGUGUUGGUUUAACCCAACAUAGGAGUUGAUCGAACCAAAACUGUGCGUUGGUUCGACCAACCCAUGAAUUCCGCAUGGAGUGGCCUGCGCUUGCAGCGCCACUCCAAGGAGGUUUCUAUAUAUAUCGAAAUAUUUUUAUUAUAUUAAAAGAUUUCUUAUUCAGUAAAAGAAGGCGGGUCUAGAGAUUUUCCAAUGGUUUUGUUCGCUUACGGGGGAUUUAGGAAUUUUUAUUACAAAAAUGAGGGUGGAGUUUAAUAAUUUAUCAAAAAAUGCUGGACUUACUAUAGUGCAUAACACUUAUUGUUUAUCAGCACUCCAAUUGCUAAUUUUUUUGAGAGUGGAGAUCUAUAAAUUUCAAGUCUUCACGCGUCAAAAACACACUAGUUGGCUGAGUGGAUAUAAGCAAUAUUAUGCAUGCUUACCAAGAAUGGCCUACUAAGUAUCAUUUUUUUGCUUGCCCAUUUAUAAAUUUGGUUAGCCACAAUACAUAGCUUGCCAGUAACUUUUUCUUAAUAGCUAUUGUCUUGCUAACCAAAAAUGCUCCUUAGUGGGCGAUUUUUAUAAAUUAGUAUAAUUUUAUGCGCUAUAAAAGCUCAAAUAAACUGCUGGGGGGUGAUGCGUUUAUAAUUGAUUUGUUUGGGUUGAUAAAUAAUAUAUUUGAAACAAAUAGAGAAGUGAGGACAGCUAUUUUGUCUUUACUAAAGCCUGAGCACGUAAAUAAAGAGGAUUUCUUUUUAUUUCAUUUAUGUUACAAAAUCGUAUGACUUAUUAUGAAAGCUAGCUAUUUUUAUUAUCAGGAAAUUAGUUACCUGGCUGUUAAUUAUAUAUUUUUAUAUACAUAAAUAGGUAUAAGACAAGCAAUGACACCUGAUGGAGCAUUUGACGCCCUCAGCAAUUUAGCUAAUUUACCUGAAACUUCGAUUUUCUAUUCAAAUGCAAAGUCAAUUCUUGACCUAAAAGUAUUUUUGGACGACGAUCAAAUUUUCCGCUCUAUUUUUGAUCCGAAAAAUCUUGGAUUUAUAUCAAAAGAAAACUUUAUCAGUAAAAUAAACUUCCAAGCAUACUAUGCCAAUUGCAAAAAUAAUGCUUAUGUGAUGGUUCCAUGUAAAAUUGCAGUAUUUUUCUAAAAUUUUUAAAUAGUAAAUGCACUUCUGUGAAAUGGACACUAUCAAAAGUAUAUUAUAAUUAGACCUGCACCCUAUGUGAUAUCCAGAUGCAAAUUUUUGACCACUUUAUUAGAAGUUUAUAACGUAUAUACCAAAAUUAAAUGAGCACUCAGCUUUAUCACUAAAUAACUUUCAUAUAAAAUAAUCAAUAUAAAAUGGCUUAUUAUUGCAAAGCUGUCUCAAAUUUGAUUAAAAUAUACAACCAAAGCGGUAUUAAUUUAAAUCAAUCAGAAUAUGAGCAAGCAGCACUAAAAGCUGAGCCAAGCCUAAGCACAGAUCAACUAGAACGCCUCUAUGAAGAAGCACUUUCUCUUCAAAACAAUGAAGGACUAAUCACCUGCAGUUCAUUUUGCACAAGCCUUACAAAUUAUGGUAUCGGCCACAGAGGAAUUAAAGAAUUCGGUAAAUUUUAUAUAGCGGUCCCCGAACUUUGGAAUAUCAGUGAAAAACUUAGAUCAGAUGUAAGCUAUUUAUUCCUCGAAGAAAGCGCUGCAUCAUUAUCAUUAGAAGAUCCUACUAAAGAGAUCAAUAAGUCAAGAAAUUAA